AAAAAACUUAGAGGAAAAACACUCUUUGACAUAAACCACAGCAAGAUCCUCUUCUGAGGAUGUCAGAAGCCCUGCUUGGCCGUUCAGCCUCCUCUUCCAGGACUGGCAGUCGUCUGGAGGGGAAAAGCGGCUCCAAAAGCCAGGCUCCUCUCACUCGGAGGCCUGUAUUUCUCUCCUGCUUCUGACACCUUUGAGCAGAUGUUUUCUAUUUGUCUGGCUUUUCUAGUUGUCUGUGGAAGUUUGGUCUGAAUUGUUUAGUCUUUCAUUACUAGGAUGUCUGCUUUACAUGUUAACAGAUUAUUUUUUAAAAAACCUAUGGGAGCAAGGCAGAUGCAGGGGACCAGAUGGGAGACUGUUACAGUAACCCAGGUGAGAGAUGCUGGUGGCUUAGACCAGGGUGGUGGUGUGGUGGAGGAGGUGAUGAGAAAGGAUUGGAAUCUAGGUGUAUUUUGGAGGUAUAACUAACAGGCAGGAUUGGCCAUUGGAUAUGGGGAUGAAAGAAAGUGACCAAUCAAGGACGACUCUGAGGUUUAUAGCCUGAGGGUGAAUGGUUGUGUCCUUUUCUAGGAUCAUGAUGACUAACAAAGGAGCAGUUUGGGGGGGCAGAGGUGGGAGGGAAGGAAAAAGUGCAGUUUAGGUCAUGUCAAGAGUGAAAUACCUCUUAGAUGCCUAGGGGAGGUAGCCUGUGGAUGGCUGGGGAUAAGUGCCUAGAGUUUAGGGGAGAUCAAAUUUGGGGGUCAUCAGCACAGAGGUUGCAUUUUAAGCCCUGAGCCUGGAUCAGCUCAUCUGGGGGAGGACACAGAUGUACCAGGACCGAGGACUGAGCCUGGGGCUUCUAACAUCUUGAGGUUGGGGUGGUGGGAGGAAAACCGGAGUGUGGUAGGUGGGGGUCCUGAAAGCCUAGUGCGGAGAGCACUUCCGAGGUCAAGUGAGAUGCGGCCUUUGUGAUGGGAAUUUAAAUUAGUUUUUUCCAGUUUGUCUUUUUUCUUUGUUUAUGGUGUUUUAUUCUAAUUAAAAUGUGUGUUUCUCUGUGCCUGGAUGUAGAAUCUUAGUUCUUUCAUACUUCUGUCUUUGUGCCCUCUUUCCCAUUCUAAGAUUACCUGUGUCCAUGUGGCCCCCAUGUGUGCCCACGUGUGGGCAGGGAUACGUGGCUCCGGGGAGGGGUGAGCCCAGCAUGGAGUCGUCGGAUCAGUGUGCCUGAGCUGAGAAGGUGCUGGGAGCCAUCCUCCAGCAGCACGGCUCACCCGUGGAUGCCACCAUCGCGGCUCUGGUCUGCACCGGGGUUGUCAACCCCCAGAGCAUGGGCCUGGGUGGAGGGGUCAUCUUCACUAUCUACAAUGCGUCCACAGGGAAGGUGGAGGUCAUCAACGCCAGGGAGACGGUACCCGCCAGCCACGUCCCAGGUCUGCUGGACCAGUGCAAGCAGGCCCAGCCUCUGGGCACAGGUGCCCAGUGGAUCGGGGUGCCUGGGGAGCUCCGUGGCUACGCUGAGGCCCACCACCGCCACGGCCACCUGCCCUGGGCGCAGCUCUUCAGGCCCACCAUCGCGCUGCUCCGGGGGGGCCUCCGCGUGCCCCGCAUCCUCAGCCACUUCCUGCAUAGCAGCUACCUGCGCCCUUCCCUGCAUGCAUCGUCCCUGAGGCAGCUCUUCUUCAAUGGGACAGAACCCCUGAGUCCUCAUGACCCACUCCCGUGGCCCGCGCUGGCCACCACCCUGGAGACCGUGGCUGCGGAAGGCGCAGAGGCCCUCUACACAGGGAGGCUGGGCCAGAUGUUGCUGGAGGACGUUGCCAAGGAAGGGAGCCUGCUGACCCCGCAGGACCUGGCAUCAUUCCGGCCUGAGGUGGUGGACGCCCUGGAGGUGCCCCUGGGAGACUACACCCUGUACUCACCGCCACCGCCUGCAGGGGGCGCGAUUCUCAGCUUUGUCCUCAAUGUGCUCAAAGGGUUCAACUUUUCCGCGGAGUCAGUGGCCAGGCCCGAGGGGAGGGUGAACUUGUACCAUCACCUCGUGGAGACGCUCAAGUUUGCUAGGGGGCAGAGGUGGCGGCUGUGGGACCCUCGAAGCCACCCGGAGGUCCAGAACGCCUCCCAGGACCUGCUGGGGGAGGCUCUGGCCCAGCACAUCCACCAGCAGAUCGACACCCGGGGUGACCACCAGCUCAGCCACUACAGCCUGGCCGAGACCUGGAGCCACAGGAUGGGCACGGCCCACGUGUCCGUGCUGGGGGAGGAUGGCAGUGCUGUGUCUGCCACCAGCACCAUCAAUACGCCCUUUGGAGCCAUGGUGUACUCACCGCGCACGGGCAUCCUCCUCAACAACGAGCUCCUGGACCUGUGCUGGAGGCACCGGCGGGGCUCCGGAGUCACCCCCCCUCCCGUUCCAGGUGAGCGGCCCCCUUCAUCCAUGGUCCCCUCCAUCUUGGUCAACGCAGCCCAGGGGUCGAAGCUGGUGAUCGGCGGGGCUGGCGGGGAGCUCAUCAUCUCUGCUGUGGCCCAGGCCAUCAUGAACAAGCUGUGGCUGGGCCUUGACCUGCAAGCUGCCAUUGCAGCCCCCAUCCUGCACGUGGACAGCAAGGGCCGGGUAGAGUACGAGCCCAGCUUCAGCCAGGACCUCAACUCUGAGAAUUUGGACCUGACAGCCUGGAAUCCAGAGAACCCCGAGCCCACGGCCCUCAGCUCCCUGGAAGGAGGUGAAGAAGGGGCUCCAGUACCGGGGCCAGAGCCAGACCGAGAGGCCCGUUUUCCUGAACGUGGUCCAGGCCGUGUCCCAGGACGGGGCCUGCGUGUACGCCGCAGCGGACCCCAGGAAGGGUGGGGAGCCCUCAGGCUACUAAAGAGGCUGCUCCCUCCCCAGAGCUGGGAUCCCACCCAGCACACGUCCAGGCUAGCCUGGUCCGGCAGAAUCUGGACCCCUUGGCUGGACGGUCAGCCUGGGGCUUCAAGAGGUGGGGACAGCCCAGCAGAUGGACGGCUGUGGGGGCCGAGCCGUGCCCUCCCAGAGCCCCUGUGGCCCUGCCCUGACCCCUCCAACCUCCCCAGGCCUCUCACCCAGGACUGGGCCCCCGCUCCCCGAAACCCCAUUCCCCACCUGUGUAUCUUCCAGUCCAAGAUUAAAGAAAAGGCUGCACCACGCCUGAUUCAGGGUCGAGGUGGGGAGGGGACCUUCAGAAAGCACGUGCAGUGAGCUGCAGCCCUCCACACACACCACCACGGAGCCAGGGAAACCAGACACGGGCUGGGCCUUCUCCAGGCCACCCCUGGACACUUGCUGGGGCUCCGCACACGCCGUUGGGAGGAAGGCAGGGGUGUGGCCUGGGGGCACCUGUCCCUGGCUCCUGGGGGCCCUUGGCCCAGGCCCGUCCUGGAGCUUGUCCUCCGUGCCAGGAAAAGGCUGGAUGAAGCGAGACCUAAGCCCUCCCCAGCCCCCAACUCCAACAUGUUCUCACCCUCAGCACUGUUGAUGUUUUGGGUGAGUCAUUCUUUGCGGGGGUGCUGUCCACGCACUGUAGGCGGUGGAGCAGCAGCCCUGGCCUCCCCUUGCUAGGUGCAGGGUCACCCCACCCCCACAGCCAGUCACCAAACUACCCCCGAUUGAGACCCACGAGCCCCCAGCCACCGUGGAUGGCUCUGCCAGCUCCUGAGUGCGCCACCCUCCCUGGGGGGGUCCUGCCCCAUGCCGAGUCCUGGGAGCAUUGGGAGUUCCUGUUUCACCCCAAACAUCCCACAGGGGUGUACCUCCGCCUGGAAGGGCGCCACUACAGAUCCAUCACCUCCCAUUCUGCCUGGAGUUCAGCCGCACAGGACGGGCUGGGUGUUGCUCCUGUGCCUGCUGGGACAGAGCACUACACACCGAGGGCCUUCAGACAACAGACACCCUCGCCGCAGUGCCUCCCAGCUGCAUCCCCAGAGCAUGAGAACGGUGUCCCUGCACUCCUGACUCACCCUCUGCCAUCCCUGGGACCCUCACCGUCCCCUGGAGCCUCAGUUACCACUUGUGAACUGAUGGGUCCCCGCCCAGGCUCUAGCCCAGGUUUCUGGACCAUCAGACUCACAUACCCACUCACCCGCCCACCUCCCACCUCCAGAGCACCUGGGAUCCACGGGCACCUCGGACUCAAUACACCCAACCAGAAGCCAGCUCUGAGGCAGCCGGAAGUUCUCUGGUGCCCCCCUCUCCCCCCUCCAUGAUAGUCACCCAGUCUUCUCCCUCCAUAUGCGUGGCUUGGCCUUGGUUCCAUCCCUUCGUCCCUUUCUGCCUCCUUGCCGCUGCCACAGCCUCGAUCCACUCCCUACUCGUGACAGUGAUGAGCCUUGGAAAAUGCAUACCUGAUCCUGCCAUGAGGCCACACAGAGCCCUCCUUGGCUUCUGGGGGCCCCGGAGGAAGCCCAUUCCUCUUGCUCCCUGCUCAUCCCACCCUAGGUUACUUGCCUGGCCCCUGCCCACAUCCCUCUUGGACCACAAGUAAUGCCAACCAAGAUGCAUUCCCAGCCCAGUUAGCGACUCUUACAGCCUCUUUAAACAUCUUGUUACACAGAGGAAAUCAAAGCGGUAUCUUCAAAAUAACAUUCACAUCAAUACAGAUCAGCCCCCACAGAAUAUAGCUAAAGCAGGGCUCAGAGGAAAAUAUAUUGCCUUAAAUAGUUACAUUAAUAAUAAUCAAAACAAAAUAUCUAGCAUACCAAGUUAGUAAAAGAACAACCAGGACAGUAAGGAAGGCAAGAGGAAGAAUUUAGUAACAACUGAAGCAGAAAUUGAUAAACUUGAAGUCAGAAGAACAGAUCUUUGAAAAAGAUAUAUAAGCUAUUAGCUACCCAAUUAGUAAAAAUGAAGGACGUGUAAAUACACACAAAAAAGAAAUGAGAACGGGGAAAUAACCUAAGCUAUAGAGGAAGUUAGAAGUACUAGAAAAGAUUACUCAUUUUAAUAAAAAUAACUUUGGAAACUUGACAAAAUAAAUUACUUUCUAGGAUGAUGUAAGUAGAAUUGCGAUACUUAACACAUACUAAAAACAUUGGCACUUAUCUGAAAUUCAGAUUUAAUUGGGCAGGCUUUAUUUUUACUUGCUAAAUCUGGCAAGCUUAAGUAUAAAUGACAAACGGGUCCAAGAAAGAGCAAAGGUCUAGACAUGUCAGUGAUCACAAAAAAAAACUGAGAACGUGGCAGGAGCACUGGUCUAUCUCAAAUGCCCUUCUGGAAAGUUUCCCAGGCGAAGUGUGUCCUGCCGUUAGGAUCAGAGGCCUGUCUUGCCAGUUAAGCCGCCACAGUGUAGAGCCCGGAGGAACAUUUCCACAUUCACUUUAUGAAGUCAGCAUAGGACUAGCCCCAAACUUGGCAAAGCACACCAAAGGCCAGUUGUGUUUGGGAAACAACACAAAACUCCUCAAACAAAUACAAGCAACGAGACUCCAAGCAACACAUUCAAAAGGACAGGGUGUCCGGGUGGGGCCAACACCACUACUGAUGGGAAUGUCCAUGAGAGGGACUUGUACUCCUUUCACCAGAGGAGAAAAAUCACGGAGUCCUCUCCAUGGAGAGGCAUUUGACAAAAUUCAGCACUCAUUCUUUUUUUUUUUUUUUUGCUGUACACGGGCCUCUCACUGUUGUGGCCUCUCCCGUUGAGGAGCACAGGCUCCGGACGCGCAGGCUCAGCGGCCAUGGCUCACGGGCCCAGCCGCUCCGCGGCAUGUGGGAUCCUCCCGGACCGGGGCACGAACCCGUGUCCCCUGCAUCGGCAGGCAGACUCUCAACCACUGCGCCACCAGGGAAGCCCUCAACACUCAUUCUUGAUUUAAACAAAACAAAACAAAACAAAAAACCCACAGACAAAACAACAACAGAACACUGAAUAAAAUGGAAAUAAAUGGAUAUUCCCUUAACAUGAAUAAAUAUCUCAAAACAACAGUAACAUCUGUUGGACACUGACCACGGCUAGGUGCUACUCUAUUGCUUUACAUGUAUUAAUUCACGUAAUUCUCCCUAAUGAAAGGGAGCUAUGAUGAGGCCCAUCUUACAAUGAGAGUACUGAUGUACUGAAGCUCCCAGGGCCCUGUGGAGUAAGUGCCAGAGGUGGAAACUGGCGAGACAGAUGGAGAAAAUGAGUCUUGACCCCUACCUCAUACCAUACAGAGAAAUUAAUUCGAGAUGAAUCUUAGGCCUAAAUGGGAAAACUAAAAUAAAUGCUUGGGCAGCCAGUCCAGAAUCAUUUAUUACAAAGACAUUCAUUUUCCUCAUUGAAUUGCAUCAGUGCUUUUGUGAAACAAACCAAAAAACUCAAGUAAACCAAGGCAUCAGAUUUAAAAACACACUGUAAACAUACAGUAGGUCAAAACAGCAUGAAUAAACCUCAGAAAUCAAUCAACCACAACACAAAGUUCACAAAGAAAUCAAAUAUAUGGGGAUUUUGUCUGCUAAAAGAGCAUUUCAAAGCAGUAGGAAAAAGAUGAAUUGCUGACAAUCAGUAUUAGAACAAGUGGGUAGCCACCUGGAAAACAGUAAAGUGGGACCCCGGCCUUUUAUUUAUACCAAAUUAAAUGCCAGUUGGACCAAAGAUUUAAGAGUUAAAAAUGAAACCAUACAAAUAUUGUAAAAAAAAAUGGGAGAAAAAAAUUUUAUUUAUGUUCUUAGAGUAGGGAAGUCCUUUCUUAGGCAUGACCUAAAAUCAAGAAGCCACAUUAAAGGGACUUUCCUGGUGGUCCAGUGGGUAAGACUCCACGCUCCCAAUGCAGGGGGCCUGGGUUCGAUCCCUGGUCAGGGAACUAGAUCCUGCUUGCUGCAACUAAUAGUUCGCGUGAGGCAACUAAAGAUCCCACGUGCCACAACUAAGACCUGGCGCAGCCUAAAUUAAUUAAUUUAAAAAAAAAAAGAA